AUGUUCAAAGGUGGAAGCAAGUUCAUCAACACGCGUGAGAUUACUGAAAAGUUAUCUGAAAUGACUUCAGUCAGCAAGGAAAUUGAACUUCUAGAUGUUCCGGAUGGCUUUUGGAAUUUUUAG